UCAAUAGGGAGGUAAAAGACUCUUCCACCAACUAUAGACUUUCCACCAAUUGCCAAAAAAAAAAAAAAAUCAAGAAAUUUGUAUUAUAAAUAGAGACUAUUGGCUGGGCUAAACAAACACAGCUGAAGAUUCAAAACCCGAAUAGUUGAAAUUAAGAUAAUGGCAGAAAUAGUGAAGCUUUAUGGUGUCAGGGGAAGCCCUUUUAGUAACAGAGUGAAUGUAGCUCUGAAACUCAAAGGUGUUGAAUACAAAUACUAUGAAGAAGAUCUGAAGAACAAGAGUGCUUCGCUCCUCAAAUACAACCCAAUUCACAAAAAAGUCCCUACCUUUGUCCACAAUGAAAAGCCCGUAGCAGAGUCACUUGUAAUUCUUGAAUACAUCGAUGAGACAUGGAAGACUCACCCCAUCUUGCCUCAACACCCUUAUGAAAGAGCUCAAGCCCGUUUCUGGAGUCGUUUCAUUGAAGACAAGGUCGUGCCAACUGCAUGGAAAGCUUUCUGGGUUAAGGAGGAGCGGAAAAAGGCAUUAGAAGAAGUAAGUGAGUAUCUUGAAAUUCUAGAGAAAGAGUUGAAAGGUAGGUACUUUGGUGGAGAAAGCAUUGGAUUUGUGGAUAUAACGGGAAACUUCAUAGCCCAAUGGAUCCCAGCUGUACAAGAGCUUGUGGGAGUAGAGAUAUUGACAGAGGCAAAGUUUCCCAAGCUCUGUAAAUGGAGCCAUGAUUUUGCCACUCAUCCUGUGAUCAAGGAAGUAUCACCUUCUAAAGAAGAACUCAUUGCUCUCUUCAAGCCUCGUUUGAAUACAACCAACUAAAAAACAUGAUCUAGUUUAUUAGUUUAACUUAAAUUUAUCGUAUCAUAUUAUCAUAACAAAUAAUAGCCUAAAUAAUAUGCUGGAUGUUGUUGUUUGUUUGAUAAUUAAGCUGCAUUGUUUUCUAAGUAUAUAGUUUUGUUUGUAAGAGAAAUAAUUUCAAUAAUAUAUUCCCAACUUUAUUGAGAAUGUUUUCUUUUUACUUAAA